AUGCCACUCGCCACGAAUUUGGGGGGCAUAAAGAAACGUCUUGUGGCUGCUGGCAAGCUCAAGUCCCUUGCGGCACUCCAGGACUGGGUGCAGCCCAUCGUAAAGCACCUAUACUGGUGUGCCGAAUCAAGUGAGGAAGCGCCAGACGAAAUCCUCCCCAAGUGGGCAUCUCUGGUGGGACAUGUGGCAGACAUCCACGACCAUGCCGAUCCCACCUACCCCAAAUGCCAGCAUGGAGACCUGGGGAAGAAGAAGUGGCUUCCAGAGGGGCUUCCAGCACAUGACAAGCUCAAGAGCAUUGUGCUCUCAAAGGCUCUGCUGAAGGACAUACCACACCUAUCGACUUCGGCACAGACAUUUUCUACCGAGUGCUUUCAUAGCACAUUAAUUCAGUUUGCGCCGAAAUCUACGCACUUCGGCUAUCAGAGCAUGACGGCAAGAACAUAUGUGGCAGCAUUACAUUUUAAUGAAAAUGGAAGUAGGCCACAAGCCACCACAAAAGAGGGCAGCAAAAGGUGGCUGCUAAAGUGCCCCAAGCAGACCAAGAGAGCGGUUGUUGCUCCCACAAAGGGGCCCUGCACGUACGUCUACGUCCGUGAGCUGCUGGAGGAGGCCCUCAGGUUGAACUCGCACUACGCAUCAUACAGAGUUGCAAGGGAGGCACACACCACAGAGACUCCCCCACCUCUGUCGAGCGGGUAUGAACGACCCGACAAGGAGACCCUCAUCUUGAGCCACCAGACACGGUUUAACUGUUAA